UUCAAGAUGGCGGACUACAAACAAGURAAAAGUGGAAAACUUAAACUAAAAGGUUUAGAAGAUCCGUCCAAGAAGAAGAAGCACAAAAAGAACAAGCGUAAAAGAGAAGAMGAAAGUCCCGUUGACGCCGAUUCUCUUCGYCAUGGGGGCUGGAGAAAACUUGAUAAUGCUACUGAAGUCACGGGAAAUAUUGCUUUGCAAACAUAUCGAAACUCGUACAUAGAAGCAACUGACACAGGUGCGUUUGUCGUGGGAGAGCUAAGAGAUGAUGGGAUAAAUUGUCCGGCACCAGUUGAAACUUUUACCGCGAUUCCUCUGUCCAAUAAAAUAGGCAUCAARUCUGGCUAUGGCAAAUUUAUGUCAGUCAAUAUGAUGGGYGAUGUGAGCGGUAGAUCUGAUGCAAUCGGCCCUCAGGAACAAUUUGAAUUGGUUUUUGAGGAAGAGAGAGUUGCCCUUCAAGCUUAUAAUGGAUGCUUCCUUGGGGUAACAGAAAAUGGACAGCUAUCAGCYACUAGAAAGAAAGCUGGCGAAAAAGAAAUAUUUUAUUUACGCACWGAUAAACCUAAAAGCAAACCCAAAUCUGAUCAUCCCAACGAUGAAGAUGAUGAUGUGGGCAAUUGUGAACUAAGUUAUGUCAAGAAGUUUCAAAGUUUUCAAGAUAGAAAGAUCAAAAUGAGCAAAGAAGACAAGAGCCACCUUGCAAAAGCUARACUAGAYGGACGAUUGCACGAAGAGAUGCUGAAUAGACGUGAAAAGAUGAAAGCUGACAAGUUCUGUAAAUAGUUUCWGUUUUAUAUAUCCUUAUAAUCUAAUGAUUCCUAACUGACCAUAUUCUAAUAAAGUACUUUAUUGAAUAUUGAUA